AUGAGUUUUGAAGGUUAUUUGCAAUCCAUGUCUGCUACCUGCAGUUUCUUGUUCUUCUUCUUUACUAUUCUGUUCCUUUUGUUUUCUUUUCUCAUCUUCAUCACGAGGAUGAAACCAUGGUGUAACUGCGAGAAUUGCAGGAGUUACUUGACCAUGAGUUGGGUUCACAAGUUUGGCAAUUUCUGCGAUUGGUACACUCAUCUUUUGAAAAACUCUUCAACCGGAACCAUUCAUAUGCACGUGCUUCGAACCACCAUCACUUCGAAUCCAGAAAACGUUGAGUACAUCCUCAAAACCAAUUUCAACAACUACCCAAAAGGUAAACCUUUUUCCAUCAUCCUCGGCGAUCUUUUGGGCCGAGGAAUCUUCAAUGUCGACGGCGAUUCAUGGAAGUUCCAACGCAAAAUGGCAAGCUUAGAACUCGGAAGCGUGGCGAUUCGCUCCUACGCUAUGGAACUAGUAACCGAUGAGAUCCAAACGAGGUUAAUUCCUCUCAUGGCCAUGGCUUCCGAUGGAAGAAGAGUCUUGGACCUGCAAGACAUUCUCCGACGAUUCUCCUUCGACAACAUUUGCAAAUUCUCGUUCGGUCUCGACCCAGGUUGUCUCCUUCCUUCACUCCCAGUUUCCAACCUCGCCGUCGCCUUCGACCUGGCUUCAAAGCUCUCGGCGGAGCGAGCCAUGACGGUGUCGCCGGCGAUAUGGAAGAUGAAGCGGCUAUUCAACAUAGGAUCGGAGAAGAAGCUGAAAGAAGCCAUCAACGUAGUGAACGACUUAGCAGAAAAGAUGAUAAAGGAGAGAAGGGAAAUGGAAAUGGGUUUCGCUAAACGACAAGAUCUUCUCUCGCGUUUCAUGGAUUCGGUAAACGACGACAAAUACCUCAGAGACAUCGUCGUAAGUUUCCUCUUAGCAGGUCGUGACACUGUUGCUGCCGCGUUAACCGGUUUUUUUGUUUUGCUAUCAAAAAACCAUGACGUGGAGGCGUUGAUUCGGGAGGAGCUGGACCGGGUGGCUGGACCGGUUCACGGUUUUCCCACCUUUGAACAAACACGAGAAAUGCAUUACCUCAACGCUGCGGUUCACGAGAGCAUGAGGCUUUUCCCUCCGGUUCAGUUCGAUUCCAAGUACGCGACAGAGGAUGACGUGUUACCAGAUGGCACGUUUGUACGGAAGGGGAAUCGGGUUACGUACCACCCGUAUGCCAUGGGUCGGAUGGAGCAGAUUUGGGGCCCCGAUUGUCUCGAAUUCAAGCCUGAGAGGUGGUUGCAAAACGGUGCGUUUGUGCCGGAGAAUCCUUUCAAGUACCCUGUUUUUCAGGCUGGGGCAAGGGUUUGUUUAGGAAAGGAUUUGGCUUUGGUGGAGAUGAAGUCUGUGGUGGCGGCCUUAGUUCAACGGUUCGAUAUUCGGGUCGUUGGAGCGAAUCAGGAGCCCCGGUUUUCCCCGGGUCUUACCGCCACUUUCAGAGGUGGCUUGCCGGUUCAAGUUUAUGAAAGAAAAUGCUGA